GUCGGGCGCCCCGGCUCGUGCCGCUUUGCAGACGCCGUUGUCUCCCGUCGCUCCUCGCUGUCAGCCAUGGUCAACCCUACCGUGUUUUUCGACAUCGCCGUCGACGGCGAGCCUCUGGGCCGCGUCUCCUUCGAGCUGUUUGCAGACAAAGUCCCAAAGACUGCAGAAAACUUCCGUGCGCUGAGCACUGGAGAGAAAGGAUUUGGUUACAAAGGUUCCUGCUUUCACAGGAUUAUUCCAGGGUUUAUGUGCCAGGGUGGCGACUUCACACGCCAUAAUGGCACUGGUGGCAAGUCCAUCUAUGGAGAGAAAUUCGAUGACGAAAACUUCAUCCUGAAGCACACAGGGCCUGGCAUCUUGUCCAUGGCCAAUGCUGGGCCCAACACCAACGGUUCGCAGUUUUUCAUCUGCACUGCCAAGACUGAAUGGUUGGAUGGCAAACAUGUGGUCUUCGGCAGAGUGAAGGAGGGCAUGAGUAUUGUGGAGGCCAUGGAGAACUUUGGGUCUGAGAAUGGCAAGACCAGCAAGAAGGUGACCAUUGCCAACUGUGGACAGCUCUAAUCCACCACUUGUUUCUCCUCACCACCAGAUCAUUCCUCCUGCGGCUCAGGAGAGCACCCUUCAUCCCAUCUGCUGACACCCUACGCUGCGCUCCCUGCAGUUCUUGGGGUUCCCUGUGUUCUGUACUGCCCUUCCACGUUUAGCAGGAUUGCAGAGUUAAAGUUAUGAUUAUGAAAUAAAACCGUAAACGACAA